AAUGUUUCUCGCCUGGUCACCGAUUAAAGGAAAUCCAAGAACUGGAACACCAGCAUCCACGGUUUCGUAUAGCCCAGAUAUACCUCCGUGACUGAUGAAUAGUUUCACAUUGGGGUGCACUGCAACAAAGUUUUAUCAUAUUUAAACAGGUGAAAUAUCAUGUUGAUUGGGCAGCGCGCCACGCGGAGAUUUUUCGUCGGUGGUUAUCGUUACGAUGGGCCUAUAUUAUGAUACGUAAUAUUUGUGAUGGAUUUUGGUACGUAAUAGAUAUAAUAACCACACACAACACACAACGAUCGCAACAGAGUAUUAAUACCACUGUGUUAUUACCACAUAAUACCCCAUGUUUGUCUCUCCGAACGGUGUAAAACAGUAAAGACGAGAAUCGUAUAAGUGCACACUAUUAAAACGAAUAAAUACUUGAAUUUCAAUUAUAAAAAAUAAAUAAAAAACGUGAUGGAACGGUGGAGUGGCAAGGUGGCGAUAGUUACUGGCGCUAGUGCUGGCAUCGGGGCGGCAAUCGCGGUCGAGUUGGCGAAGAACGGCGUGCACGUCGUGGCGCUCGCCAGAAGAGAAAACGCACUUAAGGAAUUAGCCGAAACGGUAAAUUAUAAAGAAUAUGGGACUAUUUAUACAAAGGUUUGCGAUGUCACUAAUGAGCAAGCAGUAAAAGACGUUUUUUCGUGGGUAGAUUCGACACUAGGAGGUGCCAGUAUUUUAAUUAACAAUGCAGGAGUUGCGAAACUAUCAAGCCUUUUAAAUGGAAAACUGAAGGAUUGGCAAGACACAAUUAAUCUUAAUGUUCUAGCAUUGAGCGUGUGUUCAAGGGAAGCUUACAAAUCGAUGACAAAAAAUAAGAUCGACGGUCACAUUAUUCAAAUAAAUAGUAUUGCUGGACAUUGUUUAACUCCGUAUUUUGGGUUCAAAAUGUAUAACGCUUCAAAGCAUGCAGUCACGGUAUUGUGCGAUGGACUUCGACACGAAUUACAACUAAUGGGAUCUAAAAUCAAAGUUUCGAGUAUUAGUCCGGGACCAGUAGCCACAGAAAUAUUAGCAGAAGUCAGCAAAGUCAUGAAAGACGCGUCUACGAAGGAUUUCAAUAUUCUCAAUACAAAUGACAUCGCGAAUGCCGUAAUCACAUCCUUGGCCACACCACCAAAUGUUCUUAUUGCUGAAAUGACCAUCAUACCUACUGGAUCACUAAUACAGACUCAUUUACAACCGAGCUCUCAAGUUGUAGAAAAUGUAUUGAACUUAUAAUUUAGAAUGAAAAUAUGUUUGUUUAUUUAAACGAUUAUAAGUUACAAAUAUUUGAUUAAACAAUUAUUUUAUAAAAUAUCAACA